AUGAACGUAUAUGCCUAUGUGAUUGCUAUUGUGCAAUUUAUACAAAAAAAAUAUCCGAAAAUAUUUAAAAAUGAAAUUAGUAGUGUUUCAAAAUCGACGGUAACAAAUCAAGCACCAUUCUCACCUCGAUCGGAUAUUGGAAGAGAACGACGUUUAUCUAACCAAAGCAUGACUAGCGGCGUUUCCACAUCACCAAACCCAAUCACUAAUCCUCUGUUGGAUUCCAUCGCAGGCAAAAUAAACAAAGACUCAUCUAAAUAUUCACAAUCCUAUGACCGACAGCAACUCAGUGGAAUGAUGGGAGCAGCAGCUAAUGAAAAAAAAAUAGAUGUAAAUAAUAUGAAACAGCAGGCUCAAAAUAUUGUUGAAGAUGGUUCACUAUCUCUUAGUCAGCAAGCUCCAUUUAAUUUAAAAAAUCUCAUGUUCGCACAACGACUUGGUCAACAAGUAACAAUAUUAACAGAAAAAAAGAAAACAACAGAUCGUGAAAUUUUACAAGAUGAAUUAAUCAAACCUACUUCACUAUCAGAAAAGAAGGACCAAGAUCAUGUCGAUCAACAAAAAUCUCUAUUAUCAAUAAACGAUGAACAAACAUACGGCACACCAAGUGUCGAACAAUUAAUCAAACAUAAAGAAAAAUUAAGACUUGAGAAUGAUCAUGGUUCACAUCGAAAGAUGUUGGCAAAAAUCGCCGACGAUGAACGACACAAAUCCGAUGUUUUUGUAAAAAAUAUAUCAAAACCUGAAGCAAUUUUAGAUAUACAGGCACAGAUACCGAUUCCAGAGGCGAAUGUAACUACGCCUACAAUCCAUACAAAACAAGAAGAAGAAAUACUUGCUGAAGAGGAUAUUUUUCGUACAUCGAAAAAACGACGAAGAGAAAGACAAAAACAAGACGGAAAUCGAAAAGUACUAAAUAAUAAUAAUAGACAAACUGUGCAAUCAACUUUUCAGCCGACAUUAAAUUUUGGUGUGUGUAAACAUUGUGGAAAUAUAAUGAGCAACGAAGAGAAUGAUAGAACAAAUCAAACCGUAACAUCAAAGCCACUAUCGAUAGUUCCAAUAAUGUCAAACAGUGUUCAACAAUCAAAAAACACAGACAUCGAUGAUUGGUUCGAAAGUGCGUCUGACAUAAGUCGAUCAAGUCCAAAACUGUUAAGACAAUGGAUGUCAGAUGAGCAUGAACAGUAUGAAAAACCAAUGUCUCAACAAGAAGUUCCACAACUUAACAGUCGUAAUCUUUUUACGAUUAAUACUUCAGAUAACCGAUCUAAAAUGUUAUCGCCAACCAUCACAGCGCGAGAACAACAACCGUCUUCUGAUAUAUUAAGAACAGAAAACUUUUUUGCUAAUGAUUCAGAUACACAAUCAACCUUUAACCCAGUUCUUCUUCCACAAACAGCUACUAACAAUAGGUUGCCACAACCUAUGGGAGAAUCCGGCACUUUUACACGUUUACCUGAACAAAAGUUUCGACAUCGUCGUUCUUCAUCAGUUAAAAGUGCGUCAAGACAUUCGGAAAAAGAAAAACCAACUGCUUUACCAACAACAGUAUCCGUUAUUCAGCAACGUAGUACAAAACGAAAUUCUUCUACCAUUCAACAACAACCGAAAAAUUUGAAUGUUCGUAGAACAUCGAACUGGGGAGUUGUAGAACAUUCUCCAGAUGAUUCAGAUUAA